AUGCGGGCGAUUUCCCCCCUCGCUUCCCUGGCGCUGGCUGGUACGGCCGCUGCCUCGCUGCAGAUUGUGCCUGGCGCGACAUGGACCGCGACCGGAACCAACCAGCACAUCCAGGCCCAUGGCGCCGGCCUCAUCGAAGUCGACUCCACCUACUACUGGGUCGGUGAAAACCACUUCAACGGAAGCGCGUUCCAGUCGAUCAACUGCUACUCCAGCACCGAUCUGGUGGAAUGGACCUUCGUCGGUGAGCUGCUCUCCCUGCAGAGCAGUGGAGACCUGGGCCCCGACCGAGUCGUCGAGCGACCGAAGAUCCUGUACAACGACGACACCUCCACGUAUGUCAUGUGGCUGCACAUCGACGACAGCUCCUAUGCCGAGGCAAAGACCGGGGUGGCCACAUCGUCGAGUGUCUGUGGGGAGUAUGACUAUCUAGGUUCGUUCCAGCCGCUGGGGGAGCAGUCGCGAGACAUCGGACUGUUCAAGGAUGACAAUGGCACGGCGUAUCUGCUGUCCGAAGACCGCCCGAACGGCCUGCGGAUCGACCGGCUGACGGACGACUACCUCAAUGUCACGUAUACCACGCACCUCUUCCCCGAGCACUAUGAGGCCCCCGCUCUCUACAAGCAGGAUGGGGUGUACUUCAUGUUCGGAUCGCAGCUGACUGGAUGGUCUGCCAACGACAACGCAUACACGACUGCCACCGACCUCAACGGCCCCUGGAGCGACUGGGCUGACUUUGCGCCGGCGGGCACCGACACGUACGACUCGCAGACCUCGUAUGUCAUCAAGAUCGGUGACACGGUGAUGUACAUGGGCGACCGGUGGGUGUCGACGAACCUGAUGGCAUCGACGUACAUCUGGCUGCCCUUGACGGUCGACGGCACCAACGCGACGCUGAGCAAUCCGACGAGCUGGAUCCUCCCCCUCGACGGGACCUGGUCCUCGGGCGGCGCCGAAACGGACCCCGAGGCCGAGGCGUCCGACAACAUCCUCUCCAAAGGCGCGACAGUGAUCUCCUGCACGGGCUGUUCGGGCAGCGAGUCGGUCGGAUGGAUCGGAGGCCCCGACAACGGCACGCUGGAGAUCCGCAACGUGACGAGCGACGCGACGACGACGACGACGACGACCCUCCAGAUCCGGUUCGAGAACGGAGACUCGACCCAGCGGUAUGCGACCGUGACGGUCAACGGCGAGUCGCAGGUGCUGGCGUUCCUGCCGUCCGAGAAUGGGAACACGCCGGCCACGUCGGUGCUGAAUGCGAGGUUGGAGAGUGGGGAUGGCAAUGUGGUGGUGUUUAGUGCGUAUGAGGAGGGAUAUGGUCCUGAUGUCGAUCGGCUGCUGGUUCCGGAGGAGUAGGUAGUCGGCUGCUGGAGAGGGAGAAGAGGUGGACAAGUGGGUUGGCUGAGGAGAUGUGUUCGUGAAACCCUCGGCCGCGAUGUAGUUAGUGGAUGAGAAGCAGGGGCAGUUCCUGGGAAGUGCCCAAUCUAUAGCUGUCCGCUCUAUAAGGCCGUGUUGUACACCAGUGGGCUAUCGGUGGGUUGUAGGGUCGUUGAUUAUAACGCUCUGGGCCUCACAAGCGUUGUUGGAUGAAUUUCCGUGAUUUAAGGGGUGUGAUAUUGCGGCGUC